GAUAUUGACAUCCAUUGUUUACCACCUCUAUUUAGUUGGGAUUACUCUAGAAAAAUGGUACGCGUAGGCCUUCAGAUUUCCGCAAAUUUAGAAAAUAUUGAAGAAUUGAAAACCUGUCAUCCGGACUAUGCAUUUUUCGUGAAAAUAACCUGCACAAAUUGCGGCGAGACAUCCGAUAAAUGGCAUGAUAUUACCGAAUCGGAAAGAACCCAACAUGAUACACGGAAUGCGGAUGGUGUGAAUUUUUAUAUAAAAUGUAAAAUGUGUGGUCGAGAAAAUUCCUUGGAUAUUGUGGAAAAAUCGAAUGAAACAUACACCCAAGAUGACAGUGGCAAGUUCAAGACUAUUGUCAUAUUCGAUUGCCGUGGUGCAGAGCCUGUAGAAUUCUCGCCCCGUGCCGGUUGGAUUGCCAAGGCAGUCGAUGGCGGUCAGACCUUUGACAAUAUUGACCUGUCUGAAGAUGAUUGGGUAGACUAUGAUGAAAAGAAUGGCAAUUCUGUGGGUAUCUAUGAAUUUGCAUCAAAGUUCAUUAAACUUAAGAAGUGAAGAGAUGAAGUAGAUGCCCCAGGGAGGGCAUAAAAAGCUUUAAAACAAAAAUGCAUUUGUUGAAAUAAACAUACUGAUAUUAAUUUUUAUACAAGAA